ACAUAUACCACAGUCAAUCACACCAUGGCCAAAUCAAAGGCCAGAGCAACAAAAGCAGCCAAGGUCGCGAAGCCAUCAGCCGCAGCGCCUCAAGUAGCGUUCGACCCUGCACUGAGUUCGUUUGCAAGCGCGCCAAAGCAGCGAUAUGAUCAAAACGAGGAGGAGGAUGAGGAGGAGGAGGAUGAUGCUGAGGACGAUGCAUCCAGGACCGAAGAGUCAGAGAGCAAUGAAGAGAGGAGAAGGAGGAGGAGGAGAGGCAAAAAGAAGCGCAAGACAAAAGAUACUAACUUGGUGGCAGCUGCGGACAGCGAUGAGGACAUGGAGGAGGCGUCCGAAGCGUCCGAAGCACGGCAAGUCCGAGGAGAGCUCGAGAAAGCUGCUCGUACAGUCUUCCUCAGUAACGUCUCGGUUGAUUGCAUCAACUCGAAGUCAGCAGAGAAGGCGCUGAAGAAGCACCUCGAAUCCUUCAUUGCAGACUUGGCCGAUAACAAGCCUCCCCACAAGAUCGAGUCGAUCCGCUUCCGCUCCACAGCCUUCUCCAGCUCGCUACCCAAGCGUGCAGCUUUUGCGAAGAAGGAGAUUAUGGAUGCAACCACCAAGUCCACAAACGCCUACGCCGUGUACACGACUCAGACCGCUGCCCGCGAAGCUGUCAAGCGCCUGAACGGCUCUGUUCUUCUCAACCGCCACCUGCACGUCGACUGGCUUGCCCAUCCCAACAAGAGGGAUGGCAAGAAGAAGAAGAUCCCCGCAGACAUCGAAGAGGGUCUCUGGCAACAGUUUGGCAAGUGCGGUAAGAUCGAGAACGUGCGUGUCAUCCGUGAUGCGCAAACGCGUAUUGGCAAGGGGUUCGCGUACGUGCAAUUUACGGACGAGAACGGUGUCGAGGCUGCUCUUCAGCUCAACGAGAAGAAGUUCCCGCCCAUGCUCCCCCGCGUUCUCCGCGUCACGCGAUGCAGGGCAGAGAAGAAGAAGGACAAGCCUCGAGGCCCUGCGCCAUCGUCGGAGCGAGCGGGAAAGAAGGGUGCGUACCAGAAGAAAUUCUCCGCGGAGGAGAAGUCUCAGCAGGGGCGUGCGAAGGCCAUGUUGGGCAAGGGAGGUGCUGCGAGGGCGAGGGAGGGCUUCAUCUUCGAGGGUCACCGUGCGACCGAGGGGCAGGGCAAGAGCGGGCUCAAGUUCAAGGGUGCAAACAAGAACAAGAAGGGAGCGAACGGGAGAAAGAGCAGGAGUGCGGCGUGGAAGACGAGCGCGAAGAAAUAAGCCGAGUAGCAGUAGCCGUAGCAGUAGAGAGACAGCGUGGUUGAUGCUUUUCUUCGACGUCUUCACAAAGACAAAUUCAAUGUAUACUCGCAAGCACGAUCUCUCAUACAUGCAGCGACACGCUGCCAGCACUCA